AUGAUCAUGAAACUGAUUAUACUAGUAGCUCUCAUUGCUGGCAUCAGCUAUUCCACUGCUCAUCCGCGCUGCGAUGAUCCGCACGAGGAAUACAAAGUCUGCGGCACGGCCUGUCAAGUCCAUUGCAAUAUUCUGGGCCUGAAGAUGCUGUACAAGUGUCCGGCCGUAUGUGUCGAGGGCUGUUUUUGCCGUGAAGGCUACGUGCGCCAGUUCGAGAAUGGCAAAGGGCCGUGUAUUCGUGAGGAUGAAUGCCCUUGCCCUCCGGAGCCGACUACAACUGAAUGCCCUCCCGGGCAUAAGGGGCACUGA